UUCGACAAUCGCAACAUUUCAAACCUAUCCUCCAGUAGCUCAACAGGCAGCAACAACACCCAUCAUGUCCACCGCGGUCUCCUCCAUACGGGAAUCUGUCUAGCGUGUUUCUUCCAGAGCCUGAAAAUGAAGAGACCAGAUUUCAAUAACCCUACAGGGUCCUGCAGGCCCAAACCCUCGACACAACGAGAUAAGGAGAGUCUGCAGUACUCGAAAAGGGCACGCGAUUUGUGAUGAGAAAGGAUGGAGACGGACAGUAUCAGCACGCAGUCACAGCCCGUGAGAGCCACACAGCAGUGUGCAGUCUAGUGGUGCGUAUUCCUGGAACUGCGUCACGUGGGGGUAUGAGCACAGUGACGGACCUGAAUGGUAGUUACGAAGGAGAUGAGGCUGGAACACAUGUCAGGCAAUGAGGUUCACUUCUAAAGAACCUGCACUGGGACCGGCGUCUGUUGGGCUCUGUGCCAGUCUGCUCACGUGCAUCUCUAGCUUGGGUCAUCACGUCUCUACCACUGUGUCUGUCCAUGUGGGCGAGCAUAGACUUGCUCUUCCACACCCAAACCACGCUCAGACAUCGCCAGAGGAACUCCGUGGCAGGGUUCUCGCCUCUAGCGUUAUUCUCCCUCCCCCAGGGGAUUGCACAGUUAUCAGAGAGAUUGCAGCCUCCAUGCACCUUCGUGUAAUUGGGGUUGGCAAAUGAUCUCGCGCUGGUCGACAGCCACUGCCGGUUCACAUGCGCACACUGUGGUCAGAGCGAGCUGGUUUUUUUCUCCUUGAUGACUAAACCGCAGCAUCUACCCCACCCUACCCCAUCCGGCUGCAGGCUGGCUGCUCUUCGAGAGCUGCGAAAAGG